GCAUGCAUAGUCGACCAGAAGUGGAAUAUUGAACGGUGGAACGCGUACUUACCCACAAGUUAGGUGCAUGCCAUGGCACCAUUCAUGGCGUGCGCCUCGCCACCGGUACUCACGCUGGCCCUGCUCGCGUCGUGCGGUGCCCUUCUCGCCACCUCCAUGCUCCCGGCGCGUGCGACGGCGGGCAGUUGCUUGGACGUCGGCGACAUGGUGAUGAUGGACAGGUUCCGCGCUUGGCAGGGAGCUCACAACCGGUCGUACCCGAGCGCAGAAGAGGCGCUGCAGCGGUUCGAUGUGUACCGCCGCAACGCGGAGUUCAUCGACGCCGUCAACCUGCGCGGCGACCUCACUUACCAGCUCGCCGAGAACGAGUUCGCAGACCUCACCGAGGAGGAGUUCCUGGCCACGUACACCGGGUACUACGCCGGCGAUGGCCCCGUGGACGACUCCGUUAUCACGACGGGUGCCGGAGACGUCGACGCCAGCUUCUCCUACCGCGUGGACGUUCCGGCCAGUGUCGACUGGAGGGCCCAAGGCGCCGUUGUGCCUCCCAAGUCCCAAACGUCAACAUGCAGUAGCUGCUGGGCGUUCGUGACAGCGGCGACCAUCGAGAGCCUGAACAUGAUCAAGACGGGGAAGCUGGUCUCUCUGUCGGAGCAGCAGCUGGUGGACUGCGACAGCUAUGACGGCGGCUGCAACUUAGGGUCGUACGGGCGGGCGUACAAAUGGGUUGUCGAGAACGGUGGCCUCACCACGGAGGCGGACUACCCGUACACGGCGCGGCGGGGCCCCUGCAACCGCGCCAAGUCCGCGCACCAUGCCGCCAAGAUCACCGGCUUCGGGAAGGUGCCGCCGCGGAACGAGGCGGCGUUGCAGGCCGCCGUCGCUCGGCAGCCCGUGGCUGUGGCCAUCGAGGUCGGUAGCGGGAUGCAGUUCUACAAGGGUGGCGUUUACACGGGCCCGUGCGGCACGCGCCUAGCGCACGCCGUCACCGUCGUCGGGUACGGCACCGACGCGUCUUCCGGCGCCAAGUACUGGACCAUCAAGAACUCAUGGGGCCAGUCAUGGGGCGAGCGCGGCUACAUCCGGAUUCUCCGCGACGUCGGUGGCCCCGGCCUGUGUGGCGUCACACUCGAUAUCGCCUACCCGACCCUGACCCUGUGAACGAAGUCAACGAACGGCAUGAAAAGACGCGCAGAUAUGACUAUAUCACUGUACACACGACUACCCUACUAUACCGUGAGUGUCUGCCGACGAGACGUAUCCACUAUACAUGUAUGAAUUGUGGACCGUGCCUAAAUAAAAUGCAUGCUGCGCGCGUACAACUAUGUGAA